UCGGAGAGCAUUUCCGGUGUUAGAAGUGCUAGUUGGCCUUGGAGAGGCGGGUUGGGAAGAGUGGAGGCUGUGUUGCACAGACUCUGGAACCAUGAACAUAUUUGAUCGAAAGAUCAACUUUGAUGUGCUUUUAAAAUUUUCUCAUAUAACCCCCUCAACACAGCAGCACCUGAAGAAGGUCUACGCAAGUUUUGCCCUUUAUAUGUUUGUGGCGGCUGCGGGGGCCUAUGUCCAUGUGAUCACUCAUUUCAUUCAGGCUGGCCUGCUGUCUGCUUUGGGCUCCCUGAUAUUGAUGAUUUGGCUGAUGGCAACACCUCACAGCCAUGAAACUGAGCAAAAAAGACUGGGACUUCUUGCUGGAUUUGCUUUCCUUACAGGAGUUGUCCUGGGCCCUGCCCUGGAGUUUUGCAUUGCCAUCAACCCCAGCAUCCUUCCCACCGCUUUCAUGGGCACAGCAAUGAUCUUCACCUGCUUUACCCUGAGUGCACUCUAUGCCAAGCGUCGUAGCUACCUCUUUCUGGGAGGUAUCUUGAUGUCAGCCCUGAGCCUAUUGCUUUUGUCUUCCCUGGGGAAUGUUUUCUUUGGAUCCAUUUGGCUUUUCCAAGCAAACCUAUAUGUGGGACUGGUGGUCAUGUGUGGCUUUGUCCUUUUUGAUACUCAACUCAUUAUUGAAAAGGCUGAAAAUGGAGAUCAAGAUUAUAUCUGGCACUGCAUUGAUCUCUUCUUAGAUUUCAUUACUCUCUUCAGAAAACUCACGAUGAUCCUGGCCAUGAACGAAAAGGAUAAGAAGAAAGAGAAGAAAUGAAGUGACCAUCCAGCCUUUCUGAAUUUGACUUACUCUCCUUCCACCCCUCAUUUCCUUUUCACACACAUUACAGGUGGUGUGUUCUGUGAUAAUGAAAAGCAUCAGAAAAAAAAAAAAAAAA